CUGAGAAAGGUUAGUUUGAUAUAUUGAUAUGACAGAAGUUAAAGAAAGUGAAAAAAAAUGUUUUGAAAUUUUUCGUUUUUUUUAUUUUCCUCUCCGAGUCGUGAGAUUUUUUGAAAUUAAUCUGUCUCUCAACGUGAAAUUGAAAUUUAAAACUUUUUUCCAAGUCUAGUCUAAUUACAUUUCGAAGCAUGUUGUACUUCCAAAGUUUUGCUUGUCUACAUUCAUAAAAACCAUACGAUUUGAAAAUGGAGGAACACGAAAUAUGUGCAAAUCUAAUUUGUUCAAAAUUAUGCAAAAAAGAGGGUCCACAGACGGAUGAAUGUGGGCGUGGUCAAGUUUGUAUUCUUCUUCUUAAGAUGGAGAAAAUGACGAGGUAGAGGAAAACAAGAGGAGUAGACAGCAGAUGGAUCUAAAAACGGCUGUUCUUCAUAUUCUUCAACUUAUUCUUCUGACAACAUCUUUUUUCUUCUUCAUAGUGCUCUCAAAUACUUGUGCUCAUUAGAUUCGCGCACGUAACUCGACGGAUCGUAUUUCUUUUUUUUUGCCGCCACCGCCGUCUUCUCCUUUUUUGAAUACGUCGUCGUUUUUCUUUAGUUUUCUACGAAUUAUUCGAAGAUGAUACUUUUGAAACUUUUUAUACUACUGUAUUUCAAUUCGGUAAGGUUCUAGAAGCAAAAACAGAGAGAAAUAUUACGAUAGAUUUUGGAAAAUACUUAUCCCCUAUACAGUUCAAAUUUAGUUUCUAAACUGAGUCUCUGACUCACGGGUUAUAUUUAGUUUUUUGAUUCAGAAUAUUGUUUGGUUUAUCCACUAAUCGGAUCUUAAAAUGUACGUAUUUUUCUGGUAUUAACUUUUGAAAAUAUCAUAGUUCAAAAUUAUUAUUUUUUGUUUCAAUUUUGGGUUGUUUUUUCCUUCACAAAAUCCGAUAAGAAUUAAAAAAAUUUCAAAGAAGUUUUUUCAAACAUUAAAGUUUUCUGGUUUCAAAUCUUUUUCAGUUGGUCCUCCAAGACUACCAAUUUUAAAAAAAUCAAAUUCUCUUUCCUUGUCACAAAAUUUUGAUCAAAAGUCAAAAGACCACUUUAAAAGUUUUUUGGAAUUCGAUACUUUUUGGAACAAACUUUUAUUUUUCUGGCAAAAAAUGUUUUUAGAGUGAUCGCUCUCACACAAACAACAAAACAGAAAAAUCAAAGUAAAAACUUUUUGAUGGCUGUUAUUCUAUUUUGAGCGUGGGAAUUUGGAACAAUUAGUUAGCAUUAGUUGACAUCUGGAAAAAAAAGUGAGGAAGAAAUAGGAAAGAAAUGUACAUACAUCCAAACUAAAAACCAAUAUCAAAUUAAAAAUAAUUUUCAGAACAACCAAGUCAACAAAUAUUGUCAACGACACAUGUUCUCAGUGCUCGCUAUUGCGACCCAAAUUUUGGCAAAUGUUAAUGCUGCCACCACUCCGGUAUAAAUAUUACCAAACAAUUUUUUUUUCAAAAAAAAAAUAUGUAUUUCAGGCACCAGAUUUUUCAAAUGACACUCUCACUACUCCUGUAACUCCUAUCAAUGCUCCACAAAAAUUAACCUAUAUUCGAAUACCUGGUGAUAUUAUAAUAGGCGGUGUUUUUCCAGUUCAUUCCAAAUCUUCGAAUGGUGAUGAUUGUGGAGAAAUUGCUGAAACUAGGUCGGUUUUAAUUUGAAAAAAAAAUUAUAUAAAUUAAAAAUUUCAGGGGUGUUCAUCGGGUGGAAGCAAUGUUAUAUGCACUAGAUAUGAUAAAUGCUCAAAAAGAUUUUUUACGCGGGUUGAAACUGGUAAAUACAUACAUAAUUUAGAGGAUAAAUUAAUAAAUUGAAAAAUAUAUUAAUUUAGGGUGCACUGAUUCUUGAUUCGUGUUCGAAUCCAGCAUUUGCAUUAAAUCAGAGUUUGGAAUUUGUUCGUGAUAUGAUCGGAUCGUCAGAUGCAAAGGAUUAUACCUGCAGGUUUGUUUUGUGAAAAAGUUAGAACCUAAAUUCAAUUUUGAAAUCUUAAGGGAAUUUAAUAAUUGUAAUUUUUGAAGCAGACAAGUUUUUUUUCUCAAGCAUGUUAUUAGAACACAUUUCUUGAGAAUUGCUGCAUCUCUGACGAACCUUAUAAUUUUGAUUGUGAUCGCAUAAACUUUCUUUCAGUGAUGGUAAAACACCCCAAAUUUCUGCAAAACAUCGAGAUAAGAAAAGUGUGGCUGCGGUAGUUGGUGGAAGUUAUAGUUCAGUAUCCGUACAAUUGGCGAAUUUAUUACGACUAUUUCGAAUUGCUCAAGUUAGUCCGGCAAGUACAAAUGCUGAUCUUUCCGAUAAAUCAAGAUUUGAAUAUUUUGCCAGGUAAUUUUGUUUUUUUUUUCUUUAAAUAAAAAUAUAUUUAUUUCAGAACUGUACCAUCAGAUAACUAUCAAGCAAUGGCGAUGGUUUCAAUUGCCAAAAAAUUCAAUUGGACAUAUGUUUCAUUGGUGUUUUCAGCUGAUGAAUAUGGUGAAUUAGGAGCUGAUGCUUUCAAACAAGAAGCGAGAAAACACGAAAUUUGUAUUGCGAUUGAAGCAAGAAUAACCCUCAAAGAUUUUGGUGAUAAAAUUGAUGCUGUUGUUGAUAAGUAAGAUUUUUCCUAUUCAAAUACUAAUCUUAAACAUUUCCAAAAAAAAAUAUUUUUCAAGGCUUCAACCUGAUAAAGAAUAUGGUGCAAGAGUUGUUGUAUUAUUCGUUGGAACAGAAUAUAUCCCAAUAAUUUUGAGCCAAACUGCCACGCGUAUGAAACUAUCAAAUGUUCAAUCAAAGAAAAAAAUUAUAUGGUUGGCAUCAGAAAGUUGGGAUCGGAAUAAUGAAAAAUACACAGCUGGUGAUAAUCGUUGGGCGGCUGAAAAUGCGAUUGUUUUGAUGUUGGCUUCGCAAAAAGUUCCACCAUUUGAAGAGGUAAAUCCACACAAAAUGAAAAAUAAUUGAAAACAAAAAUGUUUCAGUAUUUCAAAAGUCUAAACCCUGGGACACCGAAAUUCAAGAGAAAUGGUUGGCUUCGUGAACUUUGGCAAGUUAAACAUGGAUGUCAAUUCGAUUUGCCAGAGAAACCUUUUGCAUCGGAUGGAGAAACACCGAAACGAUGCGAAGAAUUUGUGCAAAUUCCUGAAGAGUUUAAAGCAGAUGAUAAAGUUCAAUUUGUUAUAGAUGCUGUUUAUGCAAUUGCUCACGGACUUGAAGUAGAAUUUUCAAAAUUUUUAAAAUAAUUUAAACUUUGCGGACUCUUUUGUAGAAAUUGAGCUUUUUUUUUACAGAAAAUGAGAAGUGAAUUAUGUCCACCAGAUGAGAUGGAUAAAUGGUUUUCACGUAAUAGUGCUCCACCAACUCAAUGUCAGGCGAUGCAAACUAUUGAUGGUCGAGUAUUCUAUAGGGAUUAUCUGACAAAGGUCAAAUUCAAGAGUGAGUAUUAAUUUGAAAUAACUUCUAACAUGAGUUAUCGUUUUUAUUAGAUAUCGUUGGUAGAGAUUUUGAGUUUAAAAAGAAUGGAGAUGGUCCUGGUAGUUAUACAAUUUUAACAUAUCGACCAAGAGACAAACGAAAAAGAGGAUCAGCUGACAAUAAUUCUGAUUAUGUUGAAAUUGGAAAUUGGACAUAUAAGGGUGAAAAUCCAGACGGUACUCAUAACUAUGAGGUGAGUCAUAAAAACGAUAUAUGUAUGAAAAAUUUGUGAAUUGUAUUUCAGAUAAAAAUUUACGAUGAUAAACUUUUCUGGAAUAAUUCGAGUAAGCCUCCACUUUCAGUUUGCUCUUUACCAUGUGAAAGAGGAUAUAAAAAACAAUUGAUCAAAGUGAGUUUAUCACUACAAUAUCCAGAUCAACAAGAAAACCCCGUUUUUAGGAUGAGCAAUGUUGUUGGGCUUGCAGUAAAUGUGAUGACAAUGAGUUUCUUGUCGGCGAAACGCAUUGUGAAAAAUGUGCACUGGGAUGGUGGCCAAAUAAAACUAGAACUGGAUGUUAUGAUAUUGCUAAAAAAGAUUUGCAGCAUAUGGAAUGGAGCUCUUGGAAUUCGAUUAUACCCACAAUAUUAGCUGUGAUUGGAAUAUGCGCUACAUUAUUUGUGAUUGUAGUUUAUGUUAUGUACAACGAAACACCGGUUGUCAAAGCAUCUGGAAGAGAAUUGAGCUAUGUUUUGCUGAUAGCGAUGGUUAUGUGUUAUACAAUGACAUUUAUUUUGUUGUCAAAACCAACUGCAACAAUUUGUGCCAUUAAAAGAACUGGAAUUGGUUUCGCAUUUUCUUGUUUAUAUUCUGCCAUGUUUGUGAAAACAAAUCGUAUUUAUCGGAUUUUCAAUAAUAAAACAGCACAAAGACCAAGAUAUAUCUCACCAAUUUCACAGGUUCACUUAUUUUCUGAUUAAGGAUUUUUCCAAUAUAUGAAAUUUUUAGGUUGUUAUGACAAGCAUGUUAGCUGGAUUGCAACUAUUCGGAAGCUUUGUUUGGCUAAUAAUUGUGCCACCAGGUUUGUUCAUUUCCUCUACAAUCUUUUUUUUCAAAAAAUAAUUUCUAGCAACACGCCAUAGUUAUCCCACAAUAAGACAAGUUGUGCUAACUUGUAAUGUUCCUGAUCAUCAUUUCUUAUAUUCACUUGCCUAUGAUGGUGUGCUUAUUGUUUUAUGCACAGUUUAUGCUGUAAAAACUAGAAAAGUACCAGAAAAUUUUAAUGAGACCAAAUUCAUCGGAUUUUCAAUGUAUACAACUUGUGUUGUAUGGCUUAGUUGGAUAUUCUUCUUUUUCGGAACAACCAGCAAUUUCCAGGUGAGAUUAUUAUUUUCUGAUAAACUAAUGACUCUGAAAAAACAAAAAAAAAUAUUGUUAAGAUUCAAACUGCCUCUUUAUGUGUCUCAAUUUCAAUGUCAGCCAAUGUUGCACUUGUUUGUAUAUUCUCUCCAAAAUUGUGGAUCAUUUUAUUCGAAAAACACAAAAAUGUUAGAAAACAGGAAGGUGAAAGUAUGCUUAACAAAAGGUUUGUGCUAAAUUUCAAUGUUGUGAUAUACAUACAUACAUAUAUCAAAAUUAAUUCAGAAAAGAAACAGAAAUUGCGAAAUUCUAAAAAAGGUUAUUUAGAGUUUUCAUUUAUCUCUAACCAGAUUUUUUUGAAUUUUAAAUCCAUAACAUUUUUUUCUUACAUUACAACGCAUGAAGCAUGUUUUUUGCCCAGAAUUGAUAAUGCACUUUCAAAUAGUUUUUCAAAUUUUCAGCAGCAGAUCUCUUGGAAAUUGUAGUACUCGAUUAUGUGCCAAUAGUAUCGAUGAGCCAAAUCAAUAUACAGCUCUAUUAUCAGAUAGUACAAGACGAAGAGCAUCGCGUAAAACUUCGCAACCGACGAGUACGAGUUCGGCACAAGAUACGUUUUUGUAA